AUGGAGAAGUGCCGCUCAAAAAACAGCAAUCUAUCCGCUUUAGCGCCGCAACAAAAAUCAGAAGAAGCGAGUUCUAAUGGAGCAAAUGACGCUAAUAUGAAUGAUAGGGCCGAGAAAUGUUCGAUUUGUUUGGGAGCUCCUAUGUUCGAUGAAGCAAGUUUGGAUGGCUGUUCACAUAAGUGUAUAACGGAAUGGAUCAAAUUGCGGUCACUUUGUCCAAUGUGUAAACAUCCAGUAUCAAAAGUUAUCCAUUAUAUUAAAAAAGGUGACAACGAUACUGAGACCAGAGAAGAAGUAACAGUGGAAGCGAUUCAGCAACAAGCAAUAAGAGAAAGAAUUGAAGCUGAUUCUGCACGUCCGCUCAUAAGAGAACGCGCUGAAUUAGUACGUCGCAUACGUCAUCUUCAAAGACUUGUUCGUUUACAUGACCAUGUGUUCAAUGAAAGACAAAGAUCAGAAAUGCCGGAAAGUAACAGCCGUCGUCAUGAAUAUGUUGAUCGGAUUAAUCGCUAUCAGUUACUUUUGGAUAAUUGGGAGCGACCAAGAGGUGAAAUAAUAUCCGAUCCAUCAUUUCGAAUCUUGGUUUAUGAGCUUCGGUUACAGCGCGUACCAGUAGUUAAUACUACUAAUACAGGAAUUCAUCGGAAUAGUAUUUCACCACAGUAUUUUCGAAGUAAUGAAAGAAAUGAACGAAUACGUAUUUCCGAAUUCGUUCGACGUGAGCUUAAUGCUAUUUUGCCAAGUAUAAAUAAUUUGGAAUAUAUUGCUGAACUUGUAUACGAUUUAGCCAAGGUCCAUCAAAUCAUGUCACCGCAAUUCACUUCUUGCCUUCGCGAGCACUGUCCAAUUUUAGCCAAUUUUGUUGAUCAUUUUGUAGAACUACUAUAUGAAUUUGCUGUCAGUGGUCAGGAGAUAAGUCUCUUCGAUCAAAAUAGCGAAUAUAUCAGUAGAAUAGAACAUAGGCGACGAUUGACAAACGUGAAUUUGGUGCUCUUUGGAGGUAAUGCCAAUGAUGAUGAUAUUCAGGUUGAAUUGGAAAAUCUAUACUCACCUAAUAGAAAUCAAGUUUCUGGAGAGAUACUAACACGCGAGCAUGCUGAAAUAAUGUCGCCAUCACAUUUGAAUUUUAUGUCUGCUUAUACUGAUGCGUUAGUAAGUCUGCGACGCUUGCUUCACGUUCUUGAAAGAAAUGAUGUAAUGCUUUCUCCAAAUGAAGAAACAGCUGUGGCCGACACAAUCGAAGCUAUUAUUCAGGCUUAUGCGCAAUAUCGUCGUCGAAUGCGAAAUAGGCGAGGAAAUUCAAAUCAACGAGGGGCAGGACAGAAUAGCGAUCACAAUGGAGAAAUUGUUUUAAGUGAUGGCGGUGAUGAUGACGAACAGAGUCUUUCAAAUACUGCUAGUAGAAGAAAUUCUGCAUCAGUUUCUCGUAAUCGACGGCGAUUUGAGCGUUUGCGUCGACGUCGCAGAAGUCAACGAUUAAUGGGUUUGCAGCUUCGCCAAGGGAUAUUACGUUCUGAUCUCGAUACUUUACGUCAUGGUUAUCUGGAUAGAAUGUUACUAGAUAUUGAUCGAAAUAGAAAUAGAGGUUUAUUCUUGGCAUAUCCUAAUAUCUCAUUGAUAGGAGUUCCAGAUGAGGUAAUGGCACCACUCAAUAGUAAUGCAGUGAUCGAUUUGGAGGGAUCGUCCACUUUGAGUGAUGACGACGUUAUGGUUAUAAAUGAAUCAUUUGAAGAACUAGACAGCCAUGACAGGAGUGUCAAUAAUGAUGACAUUGUUAUUGAUGAUGAUACUCAGGAACUGGAUAUCAUAAUUGAUGGUGAUAACAGUCGGGACGCUGUUAAUGUUAGCAUUGUUCUAGAUGAUGAUAUUUGA